AUGGAUGCGCGAGUUUCAAAAUUAAUAUGUGCUAAAUAUAGUGUUUGUGUAUAUAUAGGUUCUGGAUAUGCCACACAACACAUGGGUAUGGGUUAUGAAAUGGUUAAUGAUGUUGACAAUUCCACUGUAAAAUCAUUCGAUCAUUGCAAAUGUAGCGCCACUAUUUCUAAAUUAGUUAAAAAUGAUAAGCGGAUAUCCAGAAAAGGCAAAUAUAAGGCCAGGAUGUCUGAUAAAACUUUAUCGCAUGAAACAGAUCAUUCUGACCAUAAUUUAAGUGAUAUAUUCAGAAGGAUUAAAAUAGGAAAUUACGUUAAAUGCAAUUCAAGGAUUUUAAUGUUAGAUUCCGAUGUAUCUUUUUUUGCUUUCAUCCGUUCUAUCAACAUUUACGACGUUGAAUCAGUUCUACUAUUUGAUAACAAAUCGAAUGAUAUUCUAGGACAAAUAAAUAAUUUUGAUAUUCUUUUAUUUCUCAUAUUUUUGCAUCGGAACAGCGUUGAAUCAAAUAGUGGGAUUCCUCCUCCUUGGAAUAUUACGUUAUCUAACUGGAUAGACAUUAAACCUCCGAAUAAAAUCCACAAAAUAGAUUCUAAUACUUCAUUCCUUGAUAUAUCUCAAUUGAUGAUUAACGAAUCACUUGAAUCUAUUUAUAUUUGGUCUUCCACAAGAAAUUAUUACGUUUCUAACAUAUCUCACCUUUACAUUCUAGAUUUUUUAAUUCAAAAUAUGAAAGGGACUAUUUUCAAUCACAACAAACCAAUAAAGGAUUUACAUAUCGGCUCGUUUGAUGACAUUAUAACAUUAUGCCCCAACACUUCUUAUAUACAAGCAAUCGAAACGCUAAUUAAUUUUAACAUUUAUUUGGCUCCAAUAAUGGACUAUGGCAAAUUCUAUGGCUUAUUUUCCAGAAAAACGGCUGUAAAAUACUUGAUUAAAUCACUAGAUGAUAGGACACCAUUGGACUUUGAUAUUGGAUUAAAGCAUUUAAUUGACAGGCAUAAAUUUGUAGAUAGUAAAAACAUGUUGCCAGGAGUAUCAAAAAGUAUAAAUGAUACAUCGGUAUUCGUGGUUGAUGAUGUUAAUAUAUCACUACUACGAGCAAUAUCACUUUUAGCUAAAAAUUACGCGAAUAAAUUGGUGCUUGUAGAUCCUAUCACAUUUAAACUUGGUGGGAUCGUAACACUAACCGAUAUCAUCACUAUCCUAACAACAACAUAUUAA